UUACUAAGAAACGAAACUAGUGUGUUUACGUUGGGCCGACCAGGUGUUGUCACUUGCGUAGCUUCGUAAAGGCCUUGUAUGCGCUCAGAAAUAAUGGCAGAAGUUACUCCAAGUAACCAGGACCUUUUUACAUGUCCUGUUUGUCUUGAUCUCCUCAAGGAUCCAGUCGUUCUUAACUGUGGACACAGUUACUGCACGGGCUGCAUUAAGGACUGCUGGGAUCAGGAAGAUCAGAAGGGAGUCUACAGCUGCCCCCAGUGCAGACAGACGUUCAGUCCAAGACCCGUUUUGAACAGAAAUAAUAUCGUUGCAGAGCUUGUGGAGCAGUUCAGGAAGAGCAGAAUUCAACCUGUUGUUCCUGCUCCUGUUGUGUGUGAUGGAGCUGGAGAUGUGGAGUGUGACGUCUGCACUGGGAGAAAACUCAAAGCUGUGAAGUCCUGUCUAGACUGUCUCUUGUCUUACUGCGAAACUCACUAUAAAGCUCACAAUGAACUUAAUCCUGGACGAAAACACAAUAUGGUUGAUGCCACUGGUCAGCUACAGAAGAGGGUCUGCAUCCAACAUGAGAAGCCUCUGGAGAUAUUCUGUCGCACGGACCAGAGUUGUAUCUGUUUUCUCUGCAUGGUGGAUGAGCACAAAGGCCAUGACACUGUGUCAGCGUCUGCAGGGAGAAAGGAGAAACAGACGCACUUGGGAGAGACCCAGAGGAAAUUCCAGCAGAGAAUCCUGGAGAGGGAGAAGGAGCUGCAGGAGCUGAGGAAGGCUGUGGAGACGCUCAAGAGCUCUGCACAGACAGCAGUGGAGGACAGUGAGAGGAUCUUUACUGAGAUGAUCCGCUCCAUUGAGAGAAGGUGCUCUGAGGUGACAGAGCUGAUCAGAGCUCAGGAGAAGGCUGAGGUGAGUCGGGCUGAAGGACUCCUGAAGCAACUGGAGCAGGAGAUUGCUGAGCUGAAGAGGAGAGAUGCUGAGCUGGAGCAGCUUUCACACACAGAGAACCACAUCCAUUUCCUCAAGACUUUCCAGUCAGUGAGCAACACACCUGAGACUAAACAUGUGUCCAGUACCUGUGUUAACCAAAGCCUUUCUUUUGAGGCUGUGGAGAAAUCUGUCUCCUCACUAAAGGGGCAGCUGGAGGAUUUCUGCAAAGAGGAAUUCAUGAAGAUAUCUGCAGCAGUGACUGAAGUCCAGGCUAUUUUGCCUUCUGAACCAACAACCAGAAAGGAAUUCCUACAAUAUUCCUGUCACUUCACACUGGAUCCAAACACAGCUAAUAGAAACCUCCAUCUGUCUGAGGGGAACAGGAGGGUGGAGGGGAGAAGAGAGCCCCAGUCUUAUCCUGAUCAUCCAGAGAGAUUUGAUGAGUAUUCUCUAGUGCUGUGUAGAGAGGGUGUGUCUGGACGCUGCUACUGGGAGGUGGAGUGGAGAGGGCAGUGGGUUGAUAUAGCAGUCUCAUAUAAAAGCAUCAGCAGGAAAGGACGGGGUAAUGAGUGUGUGUUUGGACGUAAUGAUCAGUCCUGGAGUCUGGGCCUCCGCAGCUCUAGCUCCUCUUUCUGGCACAAUAAUAAAGGGACUGAACUCCCUCUAGUGGCCAGCUCCAGAAUAGGAGUGUAUGUGGAUCACAGGGCAGGAACUCUGGCCUUCUACAGCAUCUCUGACACAAUGACCCUCCUGCACAGAGUCCAGACCACAUUCACUCAAACACUCUAUCCUGGAUUUUAUGUAGGUAAUAGAUCAUCGGUGAAGCUGUUGUGAGUAUUCUCAGUUGAGUAUUGGUCUGGUAUGAGCCAGGCUAGGACCCUGCUGCAGUAGGAGGCAUUAGUGUUUCAGCUUUGGGAACUGGGGUCAGACUUCUCACAAACACCUUGAGGAGAAGGAAGGGUACGUAGUGUAGUGUAGCAUAAAAGUCCAAGUUCAGUAAAAUGGUCAGUAGGGUUUUGUAACAUUAAAAUAAAAGUUUGAAGAUUUCACUUUCACACAA